AUGGUGGCACUUGUAUUGUUGUGUAUGUCAGGUAUUGCUGAUAUAGCCAAGAAAAAAGAAACUCCUGUGGCGCCUAGUAUAGAAAUAGCUUCUAUGGAUUUCACGAUGCGUAAUAUUACACAAACUGGUCUCAUCGCAAAUUGGGAUUUAUUGAUAAGGAUCCCUUAUAACCUACCUGAUGACUAUAUAUGUCUUCAAGGAGACAUUCAAGCUUCCUUGUUUUACAAGAAUAUUCCUCUUGUUACCUCUUCCAGACAAAGGUACAUUGAUCUAAAAUCUGGCUCAGCUCAACAACUUAGGAUUUCAGUAGAAGAAGAUAUAGGCGGUUUAGUUGGCAAAAACAUUAUGAAAGAUAUUAAAGAGCAGAGGGAAGUGAAGUUUGGGUCGCACUUGUUGCUUACGGAUUGUAGAAAAGGCACGACCGGAGUUAUGAGCUAUGCGUGCGAUGAAACCAUGCUGCGGUUCGAGCCAGAUUCUGAGACCAAGGCCACUAAGUUUGGGAACAACACUACCUGCUUUAAUUUUUGA